AUGACACGAGCAAUAGACGCAGUGAAUACGCCGAGCCCGUUUGCGGUGCUCCACCAUGAAACCAAACUGGACGUUUAUAUCAUCAGAGGGUAUUGCCUUCUGUCUAGUGAAACGAUUAUCAACAGCGGCCUCUUCCAAAAUAUAAUAAACUCCCCGCAGACGGCACAAGCGUCGCCGCCAACGCUCACGAUAGACCCUCCAACGAAUACAAUAACGAAAAAUACUUACGAUGAUAAUAACAACACGCUAACGACAACCGCCAUCCAGCAGGAUGGUACAAUCAAUAGCAGCAUAGAUAGCAAUAAUACUACUACCCACAACCCGGCAUCAAGCCUGUUUGCAUCGCAGUCCAAUAAUGCAGCCACUACACAAAACGGCAGUAACUGGAAUGCACCACUGUUCAACAAGCUUUCCUUACUCUACACUGCCUUGAUCACAUCUGGCAGCAGCAUUGGCGAAAAGUCUACCGUACCAAAAUCCGCAAUAGAACUGUAUCACAGGUUUGCACAAAUCAUGAGGGAACUGGACAUCAGUUGCUCACUCUCGCCGUACUCAAAGUACUUCCAUAAGUUGGACGGCAAGUUGUGGCAGAUCAAAUCUGACACUGAACUCGCCGAUGACCAACUGUGGCAGAUGGUUACCUCGAGUAUCUUUGCGAUUUAUGACGCCCAGAUGGGGAAAAUGAUCAAUAUACCAAACGGGAAGACCCUACAAGAGUUCAAUGGCAACCUUAGCGGGUACAACAGGGGGGUUGUUUCAAGCAGUAACACACCAAACGAUAAUAGUAGCGUGUUGACCAACCAAACGCCGUCGGCAACGGGCAUAGAUUCUAAACUGAACAAUCCGGCGUCCAAUACGCCCAACAGCAGUGUUCCGAGCGUGGCACCUCCAGUGACUACGCCGGCCCCCACCUCCAAGAAACCAAAGAAGAAGUACACGCGGAAGAAGCCCACAGCAACAGGGUCCAACAAGAGUGGUGGUGUGAGGAAGGGUACCACGAAGAACGCCAAGGCGGCAAAAGAAUCUAACGUGCCGAAGCAAGGUGAUCAACUGAAGACGUCCAUCUCAUUCCCCGAGCUACUGAAUGAGAAGUUACAGAACCUCCCUGUAGACGAGGACGGCACCACGGUCGCCUACGACAGUGGAAACCUUGAUAUGAACAAAGCGAUGUCAGGGUACUACGGCCACGCGCCAAGCCCUACGUCCGGUACUGCGAUUGACAGUGGGAUCCACUCAAAUAUUGGCUUCAACAUGAUGCCCUCCAGCGGGUACAUGGGCAUGGGGAGUGCCCCAGAUCAAGCGUUAUGGAAGCGGCGAUCGUUAGGGUCCAUCGACAUCAACACGCUGGAGGACGAAGCCGUUGAGGAGAUCCUGCGAAUGACUAACGAACAGAAUAACCAGACUCAGGCGCGUAUAAGCCAGGCGGCAACCGCGGCUGCCGCUGCCGCUGUCGCAUCCACCACAGCAUCGACUAUCCUUGGCGCACAGCAGAUACUGCGAUCGCAAGUACAAGAAUCGUGCGAGAUGCUGGUCAAGGAGAAGGACCGAAGGAUCAGCCAGUUGGAACAAGAGCUCGAGUUGGAGAGCAGGGAGACUUCUUGGCUGCGGAAACUGCUCAUCGAGGACAUGGGUUGUAUCAAGAGCAUGAUGACGGACAUUAAGAGGUGA